GAGAGAGAAAUUGUAGGUUUUCUCAGCCAAUAGAUUCACUCGCACGGAUUUCCUGAAACCCGCCGUGGUUUAUACUCUCUUUCUUUCUCCUCACCAACUUCUCUUUAUAACCACCUCACCCUUUCCUUUCUUCCUUAACAGGUCUCUCUCUGUUUCUCUCUCUGGGAAAUCGAAUUAAUCACGAGAAAAGUCACCAGUUUCAGUGCGUGUUCAUGGAGUCUUCGACCGCGAGAAGACCUUGUUUCAUCGAAGAAGACGACGGCCUAGCUUCUCUGGCGGACAUGGAAGCUGGGUUCUCCGGGAACCACCCUGUGUUCUCGAGAUCUGUCUGUUACAGUGCCGCGAAGAAGGCUAAUCAGAACAACAAUAGUUUCAGAAACCUCUCAGUUUCUUCCGUUUCUUCUCCCAGAUCUGCGAGGUUUUACGAUGCUAGAGUCGAAGAACACCAGCCCCAUUUCUUGGAAUCUUGUUUCCUCUGCAAGAAACCCCUUGGGGACAACAGAGACAUCUUCAUGUACAGAGGGGACACACCAUUCUGCAGCGAGGAGUGCAGGCAAGAACAGAUAGAAAUAGACGAAGCCAAAGAAAAGAACAGAACUGUGUCUUCUUCCAUGAAGGCUUUGAGAAAAGACCAGAAGAAAUCAACCCAAACCAAGAACUACCCGUUUCGAACUGGCACCGUCGCAGCCGCUUAAUUGACUAUCCCACGAAAAACAAAUCCCAUUAUAUACCCAAAUAUAUAUAUAUAUAUAUAUAUAUAUAUAUGGGAGAAGAUAUGUCCACGAAGAACGUAUAUAUAUAUAUAUAUAUGGGAGAAGAUAUGUCCACGAAGAACGUAACCUAGGGGAGAAGCAGAUCAAGACCAGUUUGCAGGGUUUGCAUCUUUUUAUCUUUUUCUCCUUAAUCUUACUGCCAUGUUUGGUUUGCGGGUAGAAUCGAGUUGGAAAAAACUUGAAUCUACUCCGUCAAAUGCUAUGUUAUUCUGAUGUAUGCCAAACACGUAGUUGGGGUCCCGCUCUUUUUGGUUUCAACAGUGAACUGUUAAAAUAUGAGUAUGGCUUGGGGUGUGCUCUGUACUACUGGCUCUUUUUUUAUGCCUUCUUUUCUUUGUAUUUCAUUUCCUUGUAAGGGGAUGCUCCGAAGCUCUCCAUCGAGAAUGAUAUAUAUAACACGUAUAAAUUUCUCCC